AUGACUCAAAAGGAUGAAACUUCUGAACUCUUUGGUUCAUGUACUCACUCUGUAAACAUUCAGACUAAUUUUUCUGAUAGGAGUAUUUCAGGGUAUAGCGAAAUAAUUUUUCAUGAUUACUUUAUUUCACAGCCCAUAAUAUAUUUCCAAUCUCCCUCACCAGUAUAUUGUACUAUUGAGGGAAUUGAGGUUAAUAAUAUUAGUAUAAGUGAUUGGACAAUAACUCCAGCUGCUCUAAUAGAGGAUGCUGAAAGUUUAGUAAACCCAAAUGUUUAUGAUAUGGAAUCUUAUAAAAUGGCAUAUGGUUAUUGUAGUAAUACUUAUGGUGAGAAACAUCAUGAUUCUGCUAAUUUUGUGGAGAAUUCAUUAAAUAUUCCAACUCUUGAAUCUUUUGAACAGAAUUUGAAUAAAAAAGAACCAUGCAACCUAAAUAUUCGAAUAUACUUCAAAUUAAUUUCUAACCUUCCCCAAUCUCCUUUAGUAUAUAUUAGAACAAAUGACUCUGACUUUAUGUUUAUUUCAGAUUUAGGUGAAUCUAAAUCUUCAUGGUUUCCAACCCUGAGUACUUCGACAUAUUUAACAGGGGAUUACUCUCCCUUCUGGAAAAUAUCAUGGAAAUUUUCAUGUGAAGUUCCCGAGUCAUAUACAGCUAUUUUACCAGGUAUAUUGGAGAAUAUUGAAAAUUCUAAUAAUACUUUAAGUAAUACACAAACUAAAAUUUUAUCAUACUAUUACAAAACAUGUUCUAAUUUCCCAUGUAUGUACCCAAAUGAUGUAUAUCUAAUGAUUGGAAAAUUUAAAGAAGAUGUACAACAAGGGAUAUAUACUAUUAGAUUAUAUACUCCAUUAAAUUGGAAUUGUUCUCUGACUCCCAAUUUUAUCCAAAAUAUUUUAGAGAACUUUAAUUUAAUUUUAAACUCUAACCUUACGAUGAGCAGUAUAUCAAUAGUAUUGAGUCCUCUAUAUAAUUGCUAUAAGCCUAUGACUAAUUGGGAAGCUAAUUGGAGUUGCCUAUCAUGGAGUCAUCCAGCUAGCCGGUUAAUACCUCCAUAUGAUUCAUUCCAAAGAUACUUUCCAAAUUUUCACUCCCUCUACUAUACUUGCUAUACAAAGUCAAAUAUUAUAAUUCUUCCAGUUGAAUUAUUUAAUGAGACCUCAAGUUAUCAUAUUUUUGGAGACUUUGGGAUGCAAUCAAGAAUUUUAUCUGAUCCAAUAUUAUUGUUACUAGAAUGUCUAGCAAGUUUGUGGUUUGGAUCAACAAUUCAUAUUAUAAAUAAGAAACGUAAACCUAGUGAUUCAUGGCUUUUAAUAGCCUUGAGAAAAUAUUUAGUACGCAAGUAUGCUGAAAAAGUAUUAGGAUACGAUCUUGUAAAAGUAAAGGUUAGAGAAUCCUUAGAGAGAUGUCUCGAAUUUAUUGAAGUUGGUUCAGACUGUAUUCCACUAUCAGUUGAUGAUUUUGAAAUUGUUUUAGAUGAAAAUACAUGCCAAGGAUAUCCUCUUAUGCAUUGGGAUAAUUGGGAAAAACAUCCAUUAUUUCAUAUAAAGGCAGACCUAGUAUUUAAUAGCCUAGAAUUUUAUGUCAAAGGGAUACUUGAUGGAAAGGCACAACAGGUAGGAGUAAUGAAUUUGGAAACUUGGCAAGAUGAGUCUCAGGGAUACUCAAAAUUAUUUCACAAUUAUAUUCAGUCAUUCAUUUCAAAAUAUGGUUUUAGAAGGAAUUGCAAAAAUUUUACUACUCAAUACUUUUUUAGUCAUUUAGUAUCUGUGAUUUUUCAACAAUUUGUUCAUAAAUCUAAAAAGGAAAUUGCUAAUUCACAGAUUUCCCAGCAUGAACAAUAUUUACUUUCUGAUAUACAAGAUGAUCUUAAUUCCUUUAGGUUAGCUUGGGUUGAAGGUGUGGGAUGUCCAAAUCUUACAAUAACUUCAGCUGUUCAAUUUACUAAUAAAUCUAAAUCAAUGGAAUCAAUAAAUAUACUAAUUGAUCAAACUCCACUCCAACCUCCUAAUAUGACUUCAAAGAAUGGUGUAUCUUCCUUUAUACCUUUAAUAUCAGUAUAUAGAUUUAGAUCCACUCAAUAUGAGGAAUUAUUUGAGAAUAAAUUUGAUUAUGAAGAUAUAUUGCAACCAAGUGAUUUUAUAUUAAAUGGCAAAGAUUAUACAGUUAAGAAUAGUAGAACACAUAAAAUAAAAGAUUCAAAGUAUGCUAGCGACAAAAGUAGUCGAGAUACUAACCACGAGGAUGUUUUUCUAUCUAAUAAUCAAUAUAAACACUUGGGUAAUUUUCAUAACUCCAUUAUAGAAGCUUCAAGUACCCUAUUAGCAUACAUGACAGAUACUGAAAAUAAUGAGAAUACUCAAAAAAUUAGUUGUAUCCCAAAUUGGAUUCCAAGUUUCAUAUGGCCUUUUGAUCCUAAUAGUUUUAUUUACAGAGAAUCUUCUCUGACUGUCUUGGGUCUAGGAUAUGUAGGAAGGCUUGAAUUACCAAUUUUGUUUGGUAUGGGACCUCUAUAUGAUUCAUUAUAUACUAAAUUCAACCCUAUCUUAAAAGAUAAAACAUUAAAUGACAGUCAAUUUGGGACAAAUAUUGUUGAUCAUCGAUUUGGAGGCCCUAAACAGAAUAAUAAGGCAUCUAAUAUCAAACUAAUAGAUAAUUCAAACAAUAGUCCUCCAAUAACCAAUGGUUCAUCAAAACCAGUUAAUAAUAAUUUGAGCAUAUCAGCAAAUUUUCCUGUAGCCAUAAAUGGGAGUUUCAAUGCCUGGCAACUAGGAUAUAUUAAUACUUUAUUAUAUAUCUACUCUUAUAGUAAUAAAAAGUACGAAUCAAAAUUUGAUCAGAAUCAAGAUCUCAAAGAUUUUGAUGCAGAUUUUGCACUAAAAUGGUUGUGCAAUGAAAUUUCAACUUGUCUUCCAAAGUCAGUUGGAUCAGGCAGGUUUUGGCCUGGAUUGGUAUCAAUUUCAUUUAUUCAAAGUGAAGAAAUUAAACAAAGGGAAUUUGAACUAAAAGAACCACAACUUCCUAUGAUUCAAGAAGUUCGUUUAGAUACAUUAAAAGGACGAUCUAGUGGUAAAAAAGAUACAACUACUCCAUCUGUGUCUACAGCUUCAACAAAUCCUGGAUCUUCAGUCCCUAAUUCAAUUAAUAAGCCAGCAUUGACUAGAGUGGGAGAUAUUCCUCGUGUUUCCUUGUUACAACAUUUACAACAACAAAAGAGAUUUGUAGGCAAAUUAUCCAAUAGUGAUAAUAUUUGGAUGAGAAAUAUACAAAGAGUAUCAAUUGAUACUAAUUAUUCCUUUAAUAUCAUAAAUAAAUCUUUGAUAUGGAUUUUAGUAGAUCCUAAUCAAUAUUGGAUAGCUAGAAUUCACCGUUCCCAGACUUGGAGUAUGUGGGAUCAGCAAUUUCUAAAUGAAACAAGUGUGGUGGGACAUUGGGAAGCUGCCUUCAAUUUGGGACGAGAACGCCUCAAACAUAAACUGGGGAAUGAGUUGAUUAUUCAUGAGAGAGCUUUGAGAAUUCUAAAUUUACUAAUGAAUGGCUUGUAUAGAUUUGAUUGGAAUAUUGUUGUUAGGCAAAGAAUUAUUUUAUCUCUUAUACAGCUUCAUAAUAAAUUUGGUUCUAAUUCAGAUUUUUCAAGGCAAUCAAGUGUUAUUCAAGAUGGAGUUAUUACUUUCUUUAGACGCUAUAUUGAUGAUAUAAAUGGAAUUAUAAGUCAGAUAGAGACUUGUAAAACUGAGUUUAAAAAUAACCAGAAUUCUGAAAAUAGUAAAUCUAAAGAUUCAGGAACUAUGAAUACACAAGAUACAUCCAGUGAUGAUAUAGAAAUAUGCAAUGAAAGCUCCAUUCAAAUAUUUAUAGCAAUUGAAAAGACUCUUCUUCAUUUUUUGUUUAAAUCAUUGGCUUUAAUGUGGGACUCUUGUUCCAAUUCCUCAAAUAUCAGAGCUAUUCACCUACUUAUUGAGCAAUUAGAGUUUUCUAUUAACUCCAAAAACAAAGAUAAAUGGAGAGAUACUGUGCAUAUUCUUAUGGGAAUUGAAAAAUUAGCUAUUAUAGAAAGAGGAAUCCAAAAUUACUUUAAAUUUUGCAAAGAAAGUCAUAUUAAUAAAUUAGUUGAUAUACUUGGGAGUGUUAUUUUAGAAGAUUUAAGCUUUUAUAACUCCCAUAAGCAUUAUUACAAGAGUUCUUUAAUUGGCUUGUCAUUUAGAAUAUUUGCAAAACAUUCAACAGUCCUUAUUCCAAUACUUAUUAACGACUUUAGAAGUCGUUUUGGGACUCAUUUAGACUUUUUGUGGUAUAUACCGUUACAAUUUUGCAAUAACAAGUGGUGGAAAUAUCAAGCUUCACUUCAGGGUAAUCUUGAUAUUCCUUUAUAUAUAUUAUCUUCUUCAGAUGAAGUAGUGUAUCAAGCUCUUAGGAGUUUUUUCUAUGUAUCAUUACAAGGUAUAAUAGAUACUUUGGCUGUAUUUAAUUCAAGUGAAAAGUCUAAUUCUGUUAUUUUUAAGCAAAUAACUCCAUUAAUGAUACAUCAGCUAAUACACUCAACAUUUAAGAAUACAUAUUUUUCUAAUGUCGAAUAUCUUAUAGAAGAUUCUUAUACAUUUAAAAUGUGUCUUGGAAUUUAUAGUACUUGGAAAGUAGCUCAAAUUAAUUUAAAUAGUUUCCAGGCAUCUAUUAACUUCCCCAGCAACUUUUUAAAGACUCUAUCUAUUUGCUGCUUCAUACAUUUGAAGUUAGUUGAUACUUUUUACUUUAAAGAAUCAGAAUCUAAUAUAAAUAAUGAUUUAAAUCUCACUAAAAAUCCUGAAAUGAAAUACAUAGGAACAGAACAAACUUCUUCAUGGAGAAUUCUUUCAUUUUUAUGGUCAGCAUUUGCCGAUGCUUUUGAUGGUAUAAUACACGAUUUCCCAAGUUUUCUUGAUCAAUUUACCUUAGUUCAAAUAAGUGGUGAAUUUGAACCUUUAAUUAGGUCAAUUUCUGAAUCUUCAAAUUUAAGCUCAAAUUUAGAUCAAAAAUCUAUAUAUAUAAUUAAACAAUGCAGUAUAUUUAUCUCACAAAUAAUACUUAAUAGUCCAAUUACUGUGAGUUGUCGUUAUUUUAAUUCAUCAAUUGUACAGGAUAUUUCUCAAAUUUACAUGAUACUUUUUGGUAGUGGAGUUCCAGUCUGUAUGAUGAAAGUAAACCCUCAAGAUGUUGACACUGAAAUUUCGAAACUACAGUUUGAUGAAAUAAUGGGAUAUAUUAAGGUACUUACUCCUGAAACUCCAUUAAGAGAAAUUAUUAGAAAAUAUCAGAGAUUUUUACGUCGUGGCUGUGAACUUUCUGAUUCUGUACAAAUUAGGAGAUUAUGUGAUGAUGAACAUUAUGUAAUAUCACGUGGAUGGAAACAUAUGUGUAAAAAAAUUACUCAGUGCUUAGUUGAAUUUCCAUAUAGUGGACCAUUUAUGUACCCUGUAGAUGAAAGUGAAGCACCAGGUUACUAUGAUCUUAUAACUCAACCUAUGGAUCUAAGUACUGUAGUUAACAAAAUAAAGGAAGACUCUUAUUCUUCUAUUGAUGAAUACAAAGAAGAUGUAGAUCUUGUUUUUAGAAAUUGUAGGAAAUACAAUGAAAGUACUUCAGAUAUUGUUGAAUGGUGCAAUAAAAUACAAUCUGAAUUUGAGAGUUUGAUUAACCCUGUUCUAAAGUACUUUCAGCAAAAUAAGAAAACAAAACUUAGUCCUUUGUGA